CGUAACGUCAGUUAAUCAAUAACGUCUACUAACGCAAUUCCUUAAUAGUCUCUUUGUCUUCUUCAAAAACUUAAUCCGCCAAAAAAAAAAGAGAAAACGUUGUUAUUAACUUCCUUCUCUUCCACAUUUUCUUCUCCAUUUGAACAAACACAAGUUACAACAACGUUGGAGAUUUGUUGUAGGUUCUCUUGUUGCUCUUGUUGUUGCUGCAAAGGUUAAGGCCUUCGAAAAAAUGGUUCUGAUGAAAGAGUUUCGAGUUGUCAUGCCUUUGACAUUGGAAGAGUAUCAGAUAGCUCAGAUGUACAUGGUCAUGAAAAUGCAGCAGGAGAACACCGCGGGAACUGAAGGGGUGGAGGUUUUGGAAAAUAGGCCUUUUGAAGAUGAUGAAUUUGGAAAGGGUCAAUACACAUUGAAGUUGUAUAGGCUACAGAGCAAAGCUCCUUUAUGGUUGACAACCUUUGCACCAGCUGAUGCCCUUGUGAUGCAAGAGGAAGCUUGGAAUUCUUACCCCAGAUGCAAAUCAGUCAUUCAGUGCCCAUAUUUUACAAAGUUCCGUCUAACUAUUGAAACUAUUCACAAGGCUGAUAACGGACAAUCUGAAAAUGUGCAUGGUUUAAGCAAAAAUGAACUAGCAGCCAGAGAGGUAGAAGUACUUGACAUUGCUUCAACAGCUAGUGAUUAUUGGAGUUACAUUAUUGGAAGGAACAAUAUUGAUUUCUCUACAUUCCAAUCAGCAAGGACAGGCCGGGGUCCACUUCUAGAGGGUUGGCAGAAUAGCUGUGAUCCAGUUAUGACAGCAUACAAAUUGGUGACAAUUGACGCUCCAUAUUGGGGCUUUGGUAGCAGACUCGAGCAAGCUUUGAUGGUGGGUGAAAGGGCACUUUUCCUUGAAAGUCAUCGGAAUUCUUUUGCUUGGAUUGAUGAAUGGUUUGGACUGACAGUGGAGGUGAUGCGUGAGCUAGAGCAACAAAGUGACACCUCACUUAACGAGAAAUUUGGUCGGCAGUGUUUGGUCGAAAGCUAGGAGAGUAACACAAUGAAGUGUCCUCUCUUGAUAUGAUCGAGGUGCUACGCCCUAAUUUCGCCAGUUGAGCACCAUGCUAAAUCCGUGGUAAAUAGAAGAUGGAAAGGAUGAUGCAUCGGAUGGUGCAGAAAAUUGGAAGAUGGCAGUCGUCGCGUUUUAAGUUGAGGAAUCCAUGAUGGGUCCCAGUUUUUCCUCGAAUUUAUGAUGGGAUUCUAUUGAACUUUUUUUUCUUUUUUUGGUAGAAGCAUGUACAUUUGAAACUUGUAUAAAGAACUGUAAUCUGAUUACGGUUAAAAAUUGAUGUAGAAGGUGGAGAUUGGUGCAAAAGCAUUAAUAAGAAAAAUGUUCUUUAUUUUAA